AUUUAUGUAUGUAUCAUGAAUCAAUUAAACAUAAGGUAGCUCUUAAAUAUUCGUUUAUUAUCGAAUAUCCUUGUCAAUUAUUUUCUUUUUUAUUUUUUCCCUUAAGAAAAUAAACGAAAAGAGAGACGAGACUAAUAAGUUCGUAAAUCUCGUAACCCACGUAACUACUGCCAUAAAUAUAAUCUUUCGUUAUAUACUGUCGCAGAUAUGAUUGUAGAUAAUUUGAUUAUUGUUUCUUAUACGUAUACAUUGUGAUACCUUUGUACAUAAAUACGUCGAUCAAAAGUGAGAUAAAAGUAUAAAAAUUCCCAAGGCUAAGGAAAAAAAGAAAAAAAAAAAAAAAAAAAAAAAAAAAAAAAAAAAAAAAAGAGAGAAAAAAGAACAUCGUUCUAGGAAAUACCAUUCACAUUACUCGAAUGACGUGAUAGGGAAAAUGGCACGCUAACUAAAUACUUGGAAAAAGAAUGAAUGAGAAUAGUGGAAAUUCAGAUGUGAACGUGAUCUAUUAUAUUCGAGUGAAGAGAUCCCGAUAUUUUAAUAUUUCGAGUUAGUUCGAGCGAAAAGGAACACUUUUGUAAUACAUUAAAAUCACAUUAACAUUAUAAAUAACGUUAUAUGUGUAUGCGUGUAUCAGGCAAGGUUUCUUCGUUCGUUUAAGGCAUCGUUGUCGAUCAAGUCAGAGUGUUUGUGGGAGUGUCAAUAUUAAUCAAGUGUUCUAACAGUCACGAAGCAGAAGCGAGAUGAUCGAUAUAAACGAAUGUUAUAAUUCAGCGAGUGAAUUAGUUAUGUUAGCAGGCGAGAUAAUACAAAAUUCUAUCAACAAAAAGAAAACUACUCAAUGUAAAAGUAUUGAUUGGGAUCUUGUUACUGAGUAUGACCAUAAGAUAGAAAAUGAAAUAAUCAAUAAAUUAACUCAAAGAUUUCCAUCUCAUAAAUUUAUUGGAGAAGAAAGCGUAGCAAAGAAUGGAUUACCAAAAUUAACAAAUGAUCCAACAUGGAUAAUAGAUCCUAUAGAUGGCACUACAAAUUUUGUACAUCAAUUUCCACAUACGUGCAUUUCCUUAGCUCUUUUAAUAAAUAAAAAAGCAGAGAUAGGAAUAGUUUAUAAUCCUAUCAUGAAACAAUUUUUUUCUGCGAAAAGAAACUGUGGAGCAUUCCUUAAUGGAAAACCGAUACAGACAUCUCAUAUACAAAAUUUAUCUGAAGCAUUAGUCGCUAUGGAACCAUGGCUCGCCAAAGACAGAACAUAUUUAGUCAGUGUAUAUACUAGAAUGCAUGCUUUAAUUCAAGGAACUCAUGGAAUACGAUCAUUAGGAACCGCAGCACUUACAUUAUGUUAUGUUGCAAUGGGUGCUGUUGAAGCAUAUCAUAUUGAAGGAAUAGAUGCUUGGGAUGUAGCCGCAGGCAAAUUAAUAAUAGAAGAAGCAGGAGGAAUUGUGAUAAGUACAAAUGGCGAUGAAUUAGAUCUAAUGAUUCCAAAAGUUAUAGCAGCUUGCAAUCAAUCCAUUGCAGAGCAACUUGUUGAACUUUUUAAAGAAGCAGAUUUAAAAUCUAUUAACAAAAAUUUGUAUUAAAUAUAAGUGUAUAUAUUUAGUUAAGAAAUAACAUUUUAUAUUUUAUGAAUUGUAUUAUAUAUUUGUUUAACGAUAAAUAAGAAUUAUUUUAUAUCUUCUAUCUUAUUAAAUAUUUUUAAUAGUUAAUUAUAGCAAUUAUUUGAAUACCAUCAGUAGCAUUUAUUCCAUCAAUAUAUGAAUGUAAUUGUCAUAUUUUCUUGUAAUAUACAAAUAAUAUUAUAUAAUAUAAUAUAUUAUAUAAUAUAAUAUUAUAUAAUAUAAUAGUAUAUUUGUAAUAUACAAAAAAAAAUAAAAAAAAUAUAAAAAAGAAACAUUGUAUAUGUCACACAAGUCACAAUAUUUUAUAAGAAAUGAUAAGAAUUAAAUACCUGAGGACCCAUAUUGGGUGGCAUUUGCUGUGGAUGAGGUGGAUAAUUUUGUUGUUGUGAUGGUGGUUGUUGUGGAGGUUGUGACAUAGGAGGACCUCCUGGUGGCAUUGGUGGCCCACCUUGAUAUCCUUGCGUUGGACUAUGUGGAUGAUGUUGUGGCGGGCCCAUAGGACUGCCUUGAGGAUUAGAUGGAGAUGGAGCUUGCUGUGGAGGACCCAUUGGACUUGGAGCUUGUGGCGGUGGCAUAGGAGAUGAUUGCGGCGAUGGACUCGCCAUAUUGCUACAGUCAGACUCCAGCUUACUCAAUAAUUAUGUCCUACACAAAUAUCAUGUUAAAUUAAAGAUUUAAAUUAUAUAUUAUAAUUAUACUUUGUUUGGAAUGAUAAAGUAUCAAUUUUUAUUUUA